AUGAAUAAGUCACCGGGAAAGGUUGCUGAAGAUCCGUCUCCGGCCAAAUCAAAGAGGGUUGUUGCGUCUAACAAGGCUGGUGGUUCAAAAUCCAAGAAACAGAAGUGUACUGUAAUUGUAGAGGUUGAGUUGAAGGUCGAUGACUCAUCGUCUUUGAACAGGAGGUCGUAUUCCUCCCUCAAAAACAACAACAAGUUAAACACCUCUGGAUGUUGA